GUAAUUUUAAACUCUGUUCUUAUUUCAUUUCAGCCUUCAUAACCACAGGCACAAUGGCAGAUGCAAGCUUUCAGCAGGAGUUCCUGGAAACCCACGAUGCCUACAGGCUGAAACACAACGUGCCAAAGAUGACCCUUAGCAGCGAGCUGUCUGCUUCAGCUCAGAAAUGGGCUGAUCACCUGCUGGCAAUCGACGACCUGGAACACAAUAAACCUGAGGACAUAGAGAACAUAGGAGAGAACCUCUAUAUGGAGAGCUCAGAAACCCUUACAGAGAAAGAAGCUGUAGAUUCGUGGUACAGUGAAAUCAAGGAUUACAACUGGAGCAGCCCUGGAUUCAGCAGUGAAACUGGUCAUUUUACUCAGGUGGUGUGGAAAGACAGCAAAGAACUGGGCGUGGGCAUAGCCACUGAUGGCCACAAGGUCUAUGUGGUUGGUUAG